AAAUAAAUGCCAGAAUGAGAAGAGGAGGCGCGAGCAGGAGAAUAUUUAUAUAGAGGAGCUGGCCGAGCUAAUAUCCGCCAGUUUUGCGGACAUGAGCUCGAUAUCGGUCAAGCCAGACAAGUGCGCGAUCCUUCAGGAGACCGUCAACCAAAUAAGAAGUAUAAAACAACGUGAGAUUGCAACCCAGUCAAGUGAUCCCGUACAACAGGGCGAAGUGUCAUCGUCUGAGCGUAGACCCCCUAUUCUCUCCAACGAGAUCUACGGGCCUCUUUUGUUAGAGGCCUUAGAAGGAUUCUUGUUUGUCGUAAACGGCGAAGGUAAGGUGGAGCAUGUCACUGACAACGUGUCCACCUAUAUAAAAUUUACACGAGAAGAAGUGCAUGGCAAGUGCAUUUACAAUUUCAUCCACCAUGGUGACCAUGCUAGAUUCAGUGCGACCCUUCUGCCAAUGUCCAUUGGAUGGGCCAGCGAGCCCACCAACAAAUCGCGGUCAUUCAGUUGUCGUCUUCUGAUCAAACCCGACGAUCAGGAUGAAUCCAUGGAAGAGAAGCAGCAGAGGGUCAGCCAAUACGAGGUAAUGUACAUCUCCAGCACACCACUGAGACAGAUUACCGAAGAGGACGCUUCAGACGGCGGACCCUGUCUUCUUUGCGUUGCGAGCAGGAUUACCCAUCGCGAUAAGGUGGCUAGCUCGGCGGCCAUAGAACAAUUCACAACAAAACUCGAUAUCCACUGGAAGAUCAUCGGCGUCGACUCUUCCGGUAUUUCGUUCCAAUAUUCGCAAUUCCUCAACAAGGAUCUCGUUGGAAAAGAACUGGAGGACAUCUGUGUUCAACAGGAUCUUCCCAAAUUACAGCAACAUCUCAAGGAAACCAUAAAUGAGGGCCAGUCCACAAGCGGCUUAUAUCGGUUGCGUAUUGGCCACGAUAAAUUUGUACAAGUCCAAACCAAAUCGAAGCUUUUCAAGUCGCAUUCGUCCACCGACUCCGAAUUUGUAAUGGCGACGCACUCUAUAAUCAGUGAUAAUGAUUGCACUGGUCCGUCGGAUCCAGGUGGUGGCAGUAGUGUGGGUGGGCCAUUGAUGACGAGUGUCGUGAAUGGUACUCGUAAUGGGGCUCCUGUGAGUUCCGGUAGCGACAGCUCUACAACGUCGUCCAGUAACCUUAUGAACGCAAACGCGUCCAUGUUCUCUACUUUCACUCUGGACCAUCAUGAUCCAUUGCAAUUUGGCCUGGACUUCCCCUCGUCCACGUGGGACCUUACUAACACCCUCGAUUCCCCGAACUGGACAGAACAGCGACCAGACUCGCGACAGAGCGUAACACCGGUGUCGACGCCGACUCCGAGACCUCCGAGUGCUCCCGUCUAUAGCCCUGCGACUACUAUUGCCCAAAGCCCACUAGCCCAAUUCGCCCAGCCGAGCCCGACCGUACCUAACCCAUCGACCCCUUACAGCAGUACCUAUGUCUUCAGUCCUAUGACCGAACCCAGUUUCUCAAUGGAAACAGAUCCCCAACAUCAACAACAACAUCAACAACAGCAGCAGCAACAACAAAAACCUGAUACCAAAGUGAACGUUUUAGACGAUAUGUCAGAUUCGGCUAGGCUAAGGACAUUAUUGACAAAGCCGCCGAAUAAUGAUAACGGUGAUAGUGAGAAUAGGAAUAAUAAUACCAUUUUGAAAACGCUGCUCAAUCAGACCGACGAGGACGAAAACCGAGGUGACAACAGGGGCAGUCCCAGGACGCAUCCCUCUACCAGGAAUUCACUACCUGGCACAUCGGAGUUACCAAAACCGUCCGCCGCUGGCGGUAUGCUGUUACAGCUAUUAAAUGAAAAGAGUGAUGAUGAUGAUGUCGAGACCAGGGCUGGUUUGAAGAAAGGCAGUGAGCUGUUACACGUACUAAUGAAAGAUGACGAGAAAGUACCGAAUAAAGCGGACACUCUACUCCAGAGCCUGGGAUUUAACAAUAAUUCGGCACCACCGAACGGUGAUCCAGGAAGGGCGAAAAAGCGUUCUAGCGAUGACAGCGAUGAUAAUCCAUUGAAACGAUCCUCCGAUGGCUCGCAUGUGACUUCUUCCGGAUCAACUGGAAGCAAACUGUGCGAGAAAAACAAAAUGUUGGCUCGGCUUUUAGCAAAGACACCUUCAAAUCAUCAACCUAUACCUCCCAUACCUGCCAGUGUGAUCUCGGCAACGCCUCAAGAAAAACUGCCGCGUAUCGACGCCAACUUAAACAAAAAUCAUCAUAGAAUGCAGCCGAAUGUAAACAUGAUGAACAGUGUCCGGAACACUUCCCGCAUGCAGGGAAGGCCGACAAACACAAACUACCUCAAUAUCAUGCUCGCUUCGGAAAGCAAUAUACAACAACGAAAUCCGAGCCGACAGUAUAACCACGUCGACUCGACCUACGCCUCGCCGGCCACCUCCAGUACCGACACUGCCCCCUCCUCCAUGUGGCUCGGCAUGCAUACCACCUCUUCGGAUCCAUUACUAUCAAUCAUCCUAGACCAGGUGAUCGACAUCGUACCAGAUGCCGUGAUGACCAACCAGAAUGACAUACAAACUCUUUUGGAUGCCAUGUCGCCACCGAACAAUUCCAACAAUUACACACAGAACGAUGCCAUCAGCGAGAAGAUGGCAAUCAACAUUAUACAAAAAUCACUAAUGCAGUGCGAGACUGCCGUUAAAAGUCCAUCUUCACCAACGAUUUCAAUGCCGGGCUCUUCGCCUGCUUACAACACGAACACGAUGAGCCAACCUAAUCAUGGUUAUCAGCCACCUCCGAAUUACAGUCACAUGGGCACCAUGAAUCGUCCAGCCCUACGUCCCGGAACUCCCCAAUAUAAUCUAACUAACCAACAGUUGCAGCGCAAGCAGCAAAUGCAACAGCAAGAAAAAAGGCGUCUGUUGGAACGGCAAAGCCGCCAACAGGUCGUUAUACCGUCCAAUGCGGCUGCCGAUAUGAAUCCUAGUUUGGAUAACAUAGAAAGCCUCCUAAACAAUACGGUUGCGCCGAACGUUUCACUACAACGCUCUUCUAGUGUGCCUGAAUCCCAGUUGUCGCCGAACUACCAACUCAGUCAGCAAAACUCUAGAAUCAAUAACCAGCAGCCCUACUCGCCGCAUUCUCAGAUGACCAGUCCUAUUGGACAACAAGCCGGAAAUUACCAACAGGGUGGUUCCAGCUUAUCCCCACGACCGCCUUUUAACCAGCAACUCUCACCGCGGCAAGCCUAUCCGCAAACCAGCUCGCAGAAUGCCAACUGGCAACCGAGCAGACUGAGUGUUCAGCAGCAACAGAAUCCAAUGCUGAACGCCCAACUUACUGGAAAUUAUGUGAUCGGUCCGAACGGACGUGGUUUUCCGGUGCAGAGAGGCGCACCUCAACAACAGCAGUCACAGCAACAGCAAUCGCGGGCUAUCGGUAGUCCUGGUUCGGCUGCUGGCACGAGGCAGUCUCCGUUUCCAGCUGAUUCUUUUCCGCCACCCGCCUCCCCUAACUCUGGAUAUAGUCAGAGCCAGUACCUGAGAAUACAGCGCACCAAUAGCGCUCCGACAGCCACUACGCAACUGCCAGGUGGCCUGGGAUCACCCCGGCCAUUCGCCAGGGACCAUCCUACACACUCUUACCCUUCUAUUCCUCCCAACCCUCAUCACCCUAUGAUGUACCAACAAGAGUCCUCCCCGUACUGUUACGAUCAAACAGGUUUACAGUUACCUUACAAUGGUGCAGAUAGGGGCACACGUGCACCCCCACAUCUACAGGCCGCAGGUGUUCCUGGUGGAAAUGGCCCAGCGUCGGACUACGUGCGCCAGGAGUUAAGAGCGGUGGUUGGCGCCAGGACGGGUCAACAAAUUCCCACUGGAAACACAACACGGCCCCAAACUCAGCAGCAACAACAACAGCAGCAGCAGCAGCAACAACAGCAACUCCUGAAUCAGAAUGUGAACAGCUCUGACCUGGAAGCUCUUGGUCUUUCCUUCGAGACGUCCGGUGCGAGUGAAAGCCCGAAACUUUGGGUUGCGAUGGGGUCAGAUAUGGGCUCAAUGUCUCCUCCGCAGGCAGCAACCUCCAGGAAUACUAUGGAGGAGGGCCGACAAGGUGAUCACAAGUCUUCACUGCUGCAGAAACUUUUGUCGGAAUGACGGAUUGUACAUAAUAGAGAUAUAUACUACUAGGUACCUCAUUGGUUAAGUACCGCAGGCUGUAAUCUAGACAGGUUAGCUGUAUCAAGUGCAUUACUACGUUGCUUGUUCAAUUUUGGUUAGGGUAGUGCGGAGCAGCGGCAAGGGAAGGCGCAAGGGCCUGAGUGCAAUUGUAAAUAUUAUUAUGUAACGCAGGACUUGUUUAUAUUUAUAUAAAUAAUGAAUAUAUUAUAUAUAUAUAUUAUAUUUUAUUAUAUUGGACUUGUUUAAAAAUAAUAAAAAGAAGUAAUAUUAAUUCAUUAACUCGCCAGUUCGCCCGGUCACCGGAUAUUAAGUACGACUUGUAUAAAUUUAUAACUCAUAGUUGCUAUUGUUGUUAUUAUUGUUGUUACUAUUAUUGGUAUAAAA